ACCGGAAGUACAUUGCAUACAGUCUGGUUUGUUUACAUCGCCGGCGUUCAAGGAAACCCGUGAAAUUUUCGGGUGGUUUUAGUUUAGGUUAUUCUAACUACUUUAUGUUGGGCUAAAUUGCAUCAUGUCUAUAUCAUAGCCAUAGCAUCCGUUGUUAACACAUAGCGAAUUGUGGAUACAUUAAUUUAGCCACGGCCCUUGGUCAAUGAUUCAUCCUGAAAAUGAUCCCGCCGACACUGUCCUGCUCGUCCAGGAAAAGAAAAGAAAACACAUCAACGAAACCACAAGAAAGUAAAAAAAUGAAAAGGAAGAUGACAGACGCCGAUCGUGUUGUUCAUCACAUCCCGAGGAUCUCUGUGCCAUUCGCUCACCUGCAGCAACAGGUGACAUUGGAUAUGCUAACAGAACUGCUGCACUUCGCUGCUCUGGGGAAAAUCAACGGUGCCAAACAACCUAGUUGGUGCCAUCUCCAUCACCAGAAGAACAUACAAGGGGUGAACAUUGUUGUCCUCAAUGGCCUUUCCCAGUGUCUUUUUUACCAACACUUCUUGACUCUGCAACAUCUCAGAACCAACUACAACACAAGGCUCACUUUCACUCCAUCGGCUACUGAUUUACCAUCUGGAAUCUUCAGCAGUAAAGUGCCUGAAUCUGUGAGUUCAUGCUUUGCUCAAAGGGACCAGGAAAGCAAUCAGCUCAGAGAUGUGAUGAGACUGCAUCCGAUAAUCAGGACGUUUGGAACAGAGGUGAAGGGGCUCACAGCAUACACUCUCCCACAGGAAGAGAUGAUCAAAAAACACUUCCCUGUGAAAGGCAUGCCGGGCUUUGAGGACUUUGUGUCUACAGAGAGUGAUGACUGUGUAACAGACAGAAGUCCUCUCUAUGGAGUGGACUGUGAGAUGUGUUUAACUAAACAGGGGUACGAGUUGGCCCGCGUCUCUCUGGUGGAUAGCAGUGGCAAAUGUUUGCUGGACGACCUGGUGCGACCUCCAAACCGUAUCCUCGACUAUCUCACCAGGUUUUCCGGAAUUACCGCGGCCAUGUUGCGGCCAGUCACCACCGUCGUCAAGGAUGUUCAAGUAAAGCUUCUGAGGCUGUUGCCCAGGGAUGCAGUCCUGGUCGGACAUUCACUGGAAAAUGACCUCAGGGCUCUUAAAUUGAUUCAUCCCCAUGUGAUCGACACCGCACUGCUUUACAAGAAAGAAUUUGGACAGCGGUUUAAACUCAAGGUCCUAGCUGAGGCUGUUCUAGGGAAGCAAAUCCAAACCGAAGAGCAGAAUGGUCAUGACCCUAUGGAGGAUGCUUCUGCUGCUCUGGAGUUGGCCCAGUAUUUUAUUAAGGCAGGACCUCGAAAGGUUGUAGAGUGCCAUAUCGAUGAGUUAUGGGGAGAGAGUCUCACUGUAUCUACGCCCACUGAUGUUCAACCUGCCCCAAGUAGCAGGUUUGCUGAUGUGCUCCAAAAGUCUGGACAGACGGUGACCUUCAUUGGAAAACGCGCUGACAUCACCAUUAAUCCAUCCAAUCAGCAGUGGCACAGCUCAGACAAGGAGGUCCUGGCCUCCUUCAGAAGACAGACGGCAUGGCUAUCGUUCUCAUUGGUGCAGUUCUCUUCAGUCUCAGAACACAUGAAGAACUCCGGCCUACAACAGGAACACCACCACCAAAGAUUACGUGCACAUCUGAGGCAAAUGUGUGUGGUGUUUGUGGGGCCGUUCCCAUCUGGGUUCGGGGAGAGGGAAGUGAAGAGGCUGUUUCGCUGCUGUGGAGCUGUGAAGCGCAUCAGAAUGCUACCUACCUCGCACAGGAUGCAUGCAGAGAUUGAGUUUAGGCUUCUGGAGGGGGCUGUGCUGGCAGUCCAAACACUAAGUGGACACAUUGUGCAUGGACAGCACAUUCGGGUCCAGAGGCCGGUCAAUGAGUCCACAUUGGACCUUGAUUUAACCCUUGAUGCCCUGAAGGAGGACCCCCUCAACGUGAACCAUGUCCACGUUAUGAGGCUCAAACCUAUCGUGAACCCCUCCCACAUACUGCCUCACACGAAUGGACCCAUGCCAGUACCAAAUGCUCCAGGUUCAAAUCCGACGGAUAAUGACACGAAACCAGGCGAAAAUUGGACCACGACGAUAGAUGCUUACAAUUCAAAGGUGGCUGCUUCCAUCAAUGAGACUCUAAUGAACGGUUACAAUCAGCUUCCUCAAGGUCCUCCUGCCUGUGCACUGUCUGAGAAUGAGCUCAACGAGGUAUUUGGCCACUUCGGUGUGGUCGAGAACAUCCUGCGGCCCAGCAAACCCAAUGGAAGACGAGCAAGACAUGCAAGUAUAAAGUUUCAGAGUCCAGAGUGUGCAGCAGCAGCCCUGGGUUCUUCUGAGGAGCUCAGGGACCAGAGGUACCUCGUCUGUCCCUCUCUUACCCCGGGUCACCUGCGGUCAUGGGCCCAAGAGACCACAACAGACCACAACAGCUUUAGCAACAACACCAUUACGGAGAACAACCCAUUGGAUGGAAAAAUGGAGGGCGUGAUGAAGAAGUUGGAUGAUCGCCUGAGAAAACUUUUUAAAUCCCUCCCAGACCGCACCUUGUCUGUUGUAGUUCUUCCUGGACAAUCUAGCCUCAAUGGCCAUUAUCCUGGUCUGUGCUUCCUGGAGGUCAAGAAUGUCUCCUUGUGAGUGGGCUAGGACAGCCAUCUGCACCACCUUCCUGACAAGAAUCUAGUCAACGAGUGGCCUGAAUAACUGCAAUACAAAAUGUACACUGUGUGAUGGUUUCCUUUAAAUUAUGCAAAUAAACAUUUUAAAAAGGCUAGUCUUGGUUCUUCCCCAAGUUAGCCAUACGGACAAAAAUAAGGAUGUCCUUCAUUGUUCGUGUCAAUGGGUAUUUUGUACUGCCUCCUGUGGGGAAAGAUCUUCCUCCAUGAGUUUUAGUACAAAGACAUGAACCUUGCAAGAUGGUGUAGAAUAUUAUGCAAUUAUAUUUCCAAGUCAACUUAGUUAUCCUCAUCUUUGACUAAAGUGAUCAAUUUAAAUAUGACAACCCAAGGUUGUUUACUUAACUUUUCAUCUCAAUGCAUUUCUUGUAUGUGACCAAUAAAGCUCUUGAAGUGAAGAUGUUACUGACGGGAUAAAGCAACAUGAUGCAUGUAUUGCUGUAUAUCAAAUUAGAAAUGGUCAAGAAAACACCGAUACUAGAUCUAAGUUAGAUUUUGAUACCUAAGAAAUAAAGUUUUGACUUUGAGUUGGAUACCUGCGUGCUUUGACAAUAGUUUUU